UGCUCGGCCGCCCCUCUGCCACGGAAUCCCUUCAGCAUUGCAAUUGAUUGAUUCAGAUCGAACUGCCAGUCUAUCAAGAUGGCCGAGCCAAAGCCCCUUCCCUUCCAAUACCAGUUUGCCGCAGGCGCAAUUGCGGGCGUCUCGGAGAUUCUGGUCAUGUAUCCAUUGGAUGUGGUCAAGACUAGAGUUCAACUGCAGACGGGCACGGGCACUGGCGCCGAAGCAUACAAUGGCAUGCUUGACUGUUUCAAGAAGAUUAUCAAGAACGAAGGCUUUUCACGUCUCUACCGCGGUAUCUCUGCUCCGAUUCUGAUGGAAGCCCCCAAGCGAGCUACCAAGUUUGCUGCCAACGACGAGUGGGGCAAGGUCUACCGCAAGAUGUUUGGUGUCGAGAAGAUGAACCAGUCGCUGUCAGUCCUCACCGGUGCUACCGCAGGUGCCACCGAAUCCUUCGUUGUCGUUCCUUUCGAGCUGGUCAAGAUUCGUCUGCAAGAUAAGGCGUCCGCCGGAAAAUACAAUGGCAUGGUGGAUUGCGUUGUCAAGAUUGUUAAGAAUGAGGGCCCCCUCACCCUUUACCAAGGUCUUGAGAGCACAAUGUGGCGACACAUUCUCUGGAACGCCGGCUACUUUGGCUGUAUCUUCCAGGUCCGACAAAUGCUUCCCAAGGCUGAGACUAGCGGCGGCAAGAUGGGCAACGAUCUGAUCUCCGGUGCUAUUGGUGGAACCGUGGGAACCAUCCUAAACACCCCCUUGGACGUCGUCAAGAGCAGAAUUCAGAAUACCCCCAAGGUGCCUGGCCAGAUUCCCAAGUACAACUGGGCUUUCCCCUCUGUGGUGACUGUCUUCAAGGAAGAAGGUUUCGGUGCUUUAUACAAGGGUUUCUUGCCCAAGGUUCUCCGUCUCGGACCUGGAGGCGGUAUCCUUUUGGUCGUUUUCACCACCGUCAUGGACACUUUCCGCAAAUGGCAAUCAUAAACACAGAUCAUGGUAUCGGAAAAGCAACAUUAGAGAAACUGGUUGGGCUAUCGGAUGGCCCGCAACGUCGACUUGUCACACUAUGCUUAGAGAACUUGUCGCUCAGCAUGUAGACGAUUUCCUCUUGGAUUAGAUAGGUACUAUAUCUCCAUUGUUUUGUUUUGUUUUUUCAACAUAGACGAUGGCUGCGGCAGGUUUAUGGGACUUAUAAACAGGCGGUUCUAGCGCUUCAAUCGUCAAAAGCAACAACGAGUAUACAGUUACAAGAUUCUUAGAAGUAUAGAAGCUUCAAUAUAAAAUAUUAUUCCCU